AUGAGUUGGAAAGGCUUCACAAAGGGCGCCACGAGGGCGCCCCAGAUGUUCAAACAAAAGUUCAACAUGGGCGACAUCACCAAGGAUGCCAUCUAUAUCGAUGCUGAGCGCCGCUUCGCCGACCUCGAGAAAGAGACUAAAAAGCUGCACGAUGAGAGUCAAAAGUAUUUCAACGCCAUCAACGGCAUGCUAGACCACCAGAUCGAAUUCUCAAAGGCCUGCGCAGAGAUCUACAAGCCCAUAUCUGGUAGAGCCAGUGAUCCGGACUCGUAUGUAAUAGACGGGAACCCGGAGGGCAUUCGAGCCUGUGAAGAGUAUGAGAACAUUGUGCAGGAGCUCAAGGCAAGCCUGCAGCCGGAGCUAGAGAUGAUCGAAAGUCGCGUGGUCAAGCCAGCCGAUGAGCUUAUGGAGGUCAUCAAGGCUGUUCGCAAAACCACGGCGAAACGCGAUCACAAACAACUCGACUACGACAGGCACAAGAACACUCUAAAGAAGCUGCAAGACAAGAAAGACAAGUCGUUGAAAGAUGAGAAGGCACUGUACAAAGCAGAGAAUGACGUCGAGAUGGCCACCCAGGAAUACGAAUACUUCAACAAUCUGCUGCUGGAGGAUCUCCCGCAACUCUUCAGGUUGGAGAAGGAGUUCAUUCUUCCUCUUUUCCAGAGCUUCUACUACAUGCAGCUCAACGUCUUCUACACGCUACACGAGAAGAUGCAAAACAUGGACAUUGGAUACUUCGAUCUGACCUUGGGUAUCGAAGAUGCUUUUGAGCAGAAGCGAAGCGAUAUUCAGCAGCGUACAGAAGCUCUUUCGAUUGUCAAAUUCAAGACAACAGGCGGUCCACGACCGAGGCCAGCUCUCAAAUACGGCAACAAACUUGCGAUCGAGAACGGGAAAGCAGGCACCUCCGACGGAACCGUUUCGCCGAACCGCAGGCUCACGCACGAUUUUGGUGACGCUGCACCUCCGGCUUACACAGCUGCGGGAGCCUCGGACAUUGGGAGGGCGAACAGUACAGGCAGUGAUUGGAAGUCGGCCGCGAAAGCCAAAGCCGCACCUCCACCACCCAAACCGAAACCGUCUCGACUUAGUGGUCUUCCUGGUGUUGAGCACUGCACAGCACUUUACGACUACGAGGCACAAGCAGAGGGUGAUCUAUCCUUCACUACUGGCGAAACCAUUGAGAUCGUAUCGCGGACCGACAACACCAACGAAUGGUGGACAGGACGCAUCGGCGCACGGCAGGGACAAUUCCCUGGCAACUAUGUUCAACUCACGGCUUAG